UUUUGUGCUGCUGGCAGAAUACUACUAGUCUCUAGUAGCAACUAUUGGUGCCAUCUGAUUCCAAGGCCAUCUGGUAUCUUCGAUCUCAAAGUAAAAUAUCAUCAUCAUGUCGGGAGCUCUGUUUCCCAGUCUGGUGUCGGGGUCCCGCGGCUCCUCCAGCAAAUUCCUGGUAGAGUUUCGGGCCGGGAAGAUGACCAUGAAGGGUAGCACAGUGACACCAGACAAGCGCAAGGGACAAGUCUAUGUUCAGCAGACCGACGACUCCCUCAUUCAUUUAUGUUGGAAGGAUCGGACCUCUGGAAACGUGGAUGAUGACCUGAUCAUCUUCCCAGAUGAUUGUGAGUUCAAGAGAGUGAACCAGUGCAGUACUGGUCGGGUGUUUGUGCUGAAGUUCAAGGCUGGCUCCAAGAGGCUUUUCUUCUGGAUGCAGGAGCCUAAGACUGAUAAGGAUGAGGAGUACUGUCGUAAAGUGAAUGAGUAUCUGAACAACCCUCCCAUGCCUGGAGCCCUUGGCAGUGGAGGCAACAGCGGGCAUGAACUGUCUGCUCUGGGGGGUGAGGGUGGACUGCAGAGUCUGCUCGGUAACAUGAGUCACAACCAGCUCAUGCAGCUCAUUGGACCAACUGGCCUGGGAGGUCUUGGAGGUCUUGGGGCUCUGGCUGGGCCGGGCCUGGCCAGCCUGCUGAGUAGUGGAGGUCCUGCAGCCGGCAACUCCUCUUCAAGUCCAUCUCAGUCUCCUGCUGUCACGCCCACCUCCACCUCUGCUGCCACCCGGCUGGGCUCCUCCCAGGUGCCAACCACACCCAUCACCCCGUCUGCCACCAGUGCAGCAUCACCCAUGGCCUCACCCACCAUUCCAGUUGCCCCCUCCAUCGCAGCCGGGGCAGCCAGCCCCACCCAGCCCAUCCAGCUGAGUGACCUGCAGAGUAUCCUAGCAACCAUGAACGUACCUGCGGCUGGGCAGGGAGUGGACCUGGCCAGUGUUGUGACCCCUGAGAUCAUGGCUCCUAUCCUGGCCAAUGCUGAGGUCCAGGAGAGGCUGCUGCCCUUUCUGCCGUCAGGAGAGUCCUUACCUCAUAGCACUGACGAGCUCCACAACACACUCACCUCCCCACAGUUUCAGCAGGCCAUGAGUCUGUUCAGCAGUGCCCUGGCGUCGGGGCAGUUGGGGCCUCUAAUGAACCAGUUUGGCCUGCCAACAGAAGCUGUGGAUGCAGCUAACAAAGGAGACAUUGAGGCUUUUGCUAAAGCCAUGGAGACAGACAGAAAGUCUGACCAUGAGGAUGAUGACUCCAAAGACAAUAAGGAUGAUGAAGAUAUGAGUUUGGAUUAGGACCCUCUGUUAGUUCAGUUUAACUUAAUGUAUUUUAUUUAAAUGAUUAUUUACUGGCUGUGAUUUGUUAUUCAGAGCACUGAAGCUGUAGACCAUUUCCCUCUGUACAUGUACUCAGAAUAGAUAUUUAAAGGAAUGUAAGACACCUAAAAGGCUCUAUUCAAUCUCUCACACUUCAGCGACACAUCGAAUAGAGCUCCUAACCUCUCGUGUUCAUUUAUAACAAAUUAAUUAUGUACAUCCUCAGAGCUUGAAUCAACAUAACAUUAAAUGUGUUCCCUGAUAUAUUGCGAACCAGAUUACCGUGGCUGUUUAGGACUUGGCCCUUGGUAGACUAGUGAUAGCUGCAUGUGCCAAUCUGUGACCUGUAGCUUCCUGACAAAAAAAAUUGUCACAUGGUCAGAAAAUAUAUUUCAAAAACAUUUGAUAAUUUAAGAAACACUACUUUUACAAAAUUGACACCAUCCAUACAGGCACAACAUUUUCAGAACAGUUCCAACAAUUUCACAUUAUUAACAAAUGACAUGAGGUAAUAUAAGCAUACAUUUGCAAAACAGAGAGACCAAUUCACACCACAGCAGAAAUUAGCAAUUUUCCACAAAAUGUUUUCUCCAACAUCACUCACAGAACAAUGAGAUUCACAUAACAGUAGGUCUGUCCAGAUACUAAGAUACAUUAUGCAGAGUCUGCAAUUUUCCAUGAUUUUCACAGGUAUGGUGGAACACGCAACAGCAACAAGACCAGUUAAAUUAAAGGGAAUAACAUCUGGAUAGGACAGCUAGAUUAUUAAACUGUGGUUUUAGGCACUUACUGUAUGUUGAGUGGCAUGAUCCAACACUAAUGAAAAUAAAUAAGAAAUACUGUAAAUGGGAAAAUAAAUGAAACUUUAGGACAUUUCACACACAACUGCUUUCUACCUCCACUUGUUCCAGAGAUUUUCUUUUGUUUGUUUGAUACAUCCCCAGAUCCAUGGGAGAAAAAAAAGCUUUAUUUCAAAGAUAUUUCCUGAGAACUUAAAAAUAUGCCAACUGGCUCGUGGAUGAUCCAGCACAUUGAACAAUACGGUAAGAAUACUUAUUGCAAAUCCUAUCCCUGGAUGUUGACAGAACACCAACCAAGUACUGAUAUGAAGUUUGAUUUA